CACUUCAGUCUGAUGAACCAUGUCACCCCAAUAUUUGCUGAGCAAUGUCCAUGAAGGAUUACCUAGUCCAGGCGAUGUGGUCACUCUUGUGAAGGGAUCAUACCAUUAUUACCAUUAUGGGUGUGAUGGCUUUGAUGACAGGGGUUGGGGUUGUGGAUAUCGCACUUUACAGACAUUGUGCUCAUGGGUCAAAGGUCAAAUGUCAGUCAAAGGCCAAGGACAGAUUGCUGAGGUGCCAAGCUUACCAGAAAUCCAGAAAACCUUAAUGAAAAUUGGAGACAAAGGGCAAGAUUUUGUGGAUUCCAAACAAUGGAUUGGAAGUGUAGAAGUGUGUCUAUGUCUGGACACAUUGUAUGAUGUUCCCUCCAAAAUCCUGCACAUUACUUCAGGGGAUGACCUGGCUUCUCAUAUUUCCACGUUAGUUAAACAUUUUGACCAGAUGGGUUCCCCAGUAAUGAUGGGAGGAAGCACGGAUAAUUCUUCCAAAGGCAUUCUGGGUGUUUGUCAAGAUCCAGCAUCGCUGCUUGUUUUGGAUCCCCAUUUCUACGGACCACUCAAAUCUGUGGAAACACUGUGCACAGAAAACUGGAUCAAGUGGAGAACAGUAGACACUUUUAAUGAAGACUCUUUUUAUAAUCUGUGUUUACCUCAGCUUAAGUCUGCUUCCUGCAGCUGAUAAUACUGUACAGGUGAUCAACUACAGAUUGUCCCCAUCAGAGCAAACUCCUUGUGGAAGUUUCCGCCAUCAAACUUCUUGUAAGACAACCCAGAAAUGGCCUUACUUGAGCUGAUGGCUGCUUUUUACUAACAAUUCUCCAAUGAGAAUUGUGGAUGAAAGUAUCA